AGAUCAUGGUCUCAUGCGCCUGGUGGAGGCAUACCGAGCACAUGGACACAAGGCUGCUAAAAUUAACCCUCUACUGCCAGAGGACCCUGUGGAGGACAAGGACCCCUCAACACAUCUGGACUGCGUCACUUUGGUAAGGCUGAGGCGUCAGUGGAGGAGGUGCUUGCCUACCUGGAGGGGGCCUACUGUGGCCGCAUUUCCAUAGAGACCAGUCAGUUGACCAGUCUGGAGGAAAGGGAGUGGCUCGCCGACCGCUUCGAGGAGUUUAAGAAGGAGACAUUUACGGCGGAGGAAAGGAAAAAGUUGGCCAAACUCAUGCUGGAGUCGCAGGAGUUUGAUAAUUUCCUGGCAAACAAGUUUUCCACGGUGAAGCGUUACGGUGGUGAGGGAGCAGAGAGCAUGAUGGGGGUGUUCUAUGAGAUGUUCCGCCUGUUGUCCCACAGUGGGGUGACGGACAUCGUCAUGGGGAUGCCUCAUCGCGGGCGACUCAAUCUCCUCACGGGGCUGCUUCAGUUCCCACCAGAGCUGAUGUUCCGUAAGAUGUGUGGCCUCAGUGAGUUCCCAGCGGACUCUCCCUCCAUCGGUGACGUCCUCUCCCACCUUACCUCCUCUGUAGAGCUGGAUUUCGGUGCUGCCCACCUCCUCAAAGUGACCAUGCUGCCCAACCCCUCCCACUUGGAGGCCAUCAACCCAGUCACCCAGGGGAAGACCAGGGCCCGGCAGCAGCUCAAAAAGGAGGGAGACUACUCACCAGACGAGAACGCACAGCCUGGGAAUAAAGUCGUAUGUCUCCAGGUCCAUGGGGAUGCCUCAUUCUCGGGUCAAGGGAUUGUUCCAGAGACAUUCACCAUUUCACUACUCCCCCACUUCAGAGUCGGUGGGAGCAUCCACCUCAUUGUAAACAACCAAGUGGGUUAUACAACUCCAUCUGCGAGAGGGAGAUCGUCUUUAUACUGCAGUGAUGUUGCUAAGAUGGUGGGCUGUGCUGUGGUCCAUGUGAAUGGUGAUGAUACGGAGGAGGUGGUGCGUGCCACACGUUUGGCGGUAGAGUAUCAGAGACGCUUCAGGAAGGAUGUCAUCCUGGACCUGCUCUGCUAUAGACGGUGGGGACACAACGAGCUAGACGAACCUGGUUUCACUAACCCUGCCAUGUACAAGAUUAUCCGCUCCAGGAAGAGCAUCCCAGAUUCCUACGCUGACCAGCUGAUCUCAGAGGGCCUGAUGACAGGGGAGGAGUGUGGUGCCAUCAGGACAGCCUACUACGGCAUGCUGAACGACAAGCUGGCCAACAUGACCUUAUACAGCCCACCACCCACCAACCUGCAGGGUCGCUGGGGAGGUCUGGAGGAGCCCCAGGCCAGAGUCACCCACUGGGACACGGGGGUGCCUGUCCCCCUGCUGCAGUAUGUAGGGGCUAAGUCUGUGGAGAUACCCGAAGAGAUCCAGCUACACAGCCACCUUGGGAAGAUGCAUGUGGCGGGUCGCCAUGUGAAGGUGGAGAAUGGAACUAAUCUGGAUUGGUCCACUGCUGAGGCCAUGGCGUUUGGCUCUCUGCUCUGCCAAGGGUUCAACAUUCGUAUCAGUGGACAGGAUGUUGGUAGGGGCACGUUCAGUCAGAGACAUGCCAUGAUAGUUUGUCAAGACACAGAUGACAUGUACAUCCCCCUCAAUCACAUAGACCCUGAACAGAAAGGAUUCAUGGAGGUGUGCAACAGUGCCCUGUCUGAGGAGGCCGUGCUGGGCUUUGAGUAUGGCAUGGCCAUCGCCCAGCCUAAACUACUGCCUAUCUGGGAGGCUCAGUUUGGAGACUUCUUCAACGGAGCUCAAAUCAUAUUCGACACCUUCCUCUCUGGAGGCGAGGCGAAGUGGCUGCUGCAGUGUGGGAUGGUGAUCCUGCUUCCCCAUGGUUACGACGGAGCAGGACCUGAACACUCCUCCUGCCGCAUAGAGAGGUUCCUACAGCUGUGUGACAGUAAGGAGGAGGGGGUGGAUGGUGACAAUGUCAACAUGGGCGUGGUCAACCCUACGACUCCAGCACAGUACUUCCACCUGCUGAGACGACAGAUGAUACGCAACAUCCGCAAGCCGCUCAUCGUUGCUGGGCCCAAGACUCUGCUCCGAUUCUCUGGAGCAACAUCCAGUCUGGCUGACAUGGCUCCUGGAACCUCUUUCAAACCUGUGAUUGGUGACACCUCAGUCACACCAGCCAGUGUCCAGCGGGUGGUGCUGUGUUCAGGGAAGCACUACUAUGCCCUGUUGAAGCAGAGGGAGGCAUCCGCAGCCACUCAGACCACUGCACUGAUCAGACUGGAGGAGCUGUGUCCCUUCCCUCUGGAAGCCCUGCAGCAGGAGCUCACCAAGUACACCAAUGCCAAUGAGUUUGUCUGGAGCCAGGAGGAGCCCCAGAACAUGGGCCCCUGGUCCUUCGUGGCCCCUAGGUUUGAGAAGCAGCUGGCCUGCAAGCUCCGGUUGGUGAGUCGGCCUACUCUGCCCGCCCCGGCUGUGGGCAUCGGAACGCUCCACCACCAGCAGAAUGAGGCCAUCCUCACUGCCACCUUCUCCUCUUGAGCCACCGGGCCCCAAGAUGGCUGCUCCCGUGGGCCCCAGAAUGGAUGCACCCUCCCUCCCUCCAGUAAAACCACAUUUACAUCUCUUCUCUAGCCUGGACUUCCAGGCUGAAUUUAUCUGUUUCACAUUUGUUUCACUCAACUUUCUAUGAAUUGGUGAGAUGAAACAAUAAUGAGUCCAGGAUCUCUUUUCUUCCUGUAUGUUUAAAUGUUCUCAAAAACACUAGUGCUAAAGGCUGCUUCUUCAAUGUGGAGGGGGCUUCAGGUACUGAGUGGAACAAGACUGUUUGAUGGUUUGGAAGGGCUGUUUUAUUGCGCAUUAUGAAAUGGAGCUGUAGCUGUCUAAAAACAAUGUGAUGUAAAUGGUCUGAGAUUGCAUUGUAAAGCAACUCAAUAUUGCCCUGAGUGUUCAUUUUUAUUGUAAAAUUGAAUUUUUAAUUCUUAAUGUUUUUAACUUAAUGCAAAAGUUAGAUUCACAUGCAAUAUGAUUGCAUUCAAUUUACUGUACUGAAAGAAAAAUAGAAACGCAACAUGCAAGAAUUUAAAAGAUUUUACAGAGUUACAGUUCGUAUAAGGAAAUCAGUCAAUUGAAAUAAAUUCAUUAGUCCCUAAUCUAUGGAUCUCACAUGACUGGGAAUACGAUAUACAGCCGUUGCUCACAAAUACCUUAAAAUAAAAAAUGUAGGGGCAUGGAACAGAACCAGUCAUUAUCUGUUGUGACCUCCAUGUGCCUCAUGCAGCGCGACAUCUCCUUCACAUAGAGUUAA